GUGCCGCACCCAUUGGCUGGCAGUCUGGAAACUUAACUAACCUAUUGCUGUCAUCUUUUGCACCCGGUGCCCCUCCCUAUUCCACUCUUGUCCCCUUGCUCUCUCGAGAAGAAAGAACACCCCUCUCUCCCCCUCCUCUCGGGCAGAUCCCCUGAUCCCAGGGCAGACUAAAGGAACCUGUGAACCCACAGACAGCUCUGCCAAACUUCUGAGGACUUGAGUCAACUUUCAGGGGCAGGAUGAUCGUGGGGCGCUGGCCAGGGAUAUCCCUUCUACUCGUUCUUCUCGUCUGCUCUCUGGCUCCAGCUCGAGGAGAUUUUGACUUGUCUGAUGCCCUUCCUGAUGAGAAACCUACAAAGAAACCAAUUCCAGCUACCAAAAAGCCACAACCUGACAGUGGCUUGUCUUUAGAAGAUGCUCUUUUAAAUGGAGGAGAUGAUGACUCUGUGAAGCCUAAUCCACCAAAACCCAAACCAGGCCAACAUGGUGAUACAGGUGGCAUUACAGAUGAUGAUCUCAAAGGGCAUACUCACUCAGGAGGUUCAGAUGAUAGAAGUAAUGACGAGAAUGCACCUGCUGAUUCCCCUGGAGUAAUAUCUGGAAUUGUAAGUGCUGCAGUUGUGGCGCUGGUAGGAGCUGUAUCCAGUUUUAUUGCUUACCAGAAAAAGAAACUCUGCUUUAAAGGAAAUGAUGAGCUGAAGAUCUAGGAAUGAGGAAAGAACAUCUGUCAAGUUAUGGCUACAAGAUCAACCAGAAAUAAUUAUUUUUCCAAUAAAACUCAGAGGCCUCUUCCUUCUCCCUUAUUUAGCCAUGAAAAUAAAGCCUCUUAUCCUACAAAACCAGAAUAAGCAUUGAAAGGACAUUGCCUUCAUCCCCUAGUAGAUUUCUUACAUAAUAAUGAAGAAAGUCAGAAUUCUCCUAAGAAAUCUAUAUAUUUUUUCUUCUGUCCAACUGAUAGGUUAUGGCAAGUCCAAAAGAUCAAGAAGAACCUGAGAGAUUGGUCUUACCUCUGACUUUUGUGAAGUGAGGAAAAAAGUCUACUUUUCAUUAUCUUUUAGUGAUUAUUUUUUUUAAGCCAGUAUACUCUGUACUUUUAUGGGGCCAAGAGCCUGACUCCUAGAAAACAUGGUGAAGUCGUCUUCAUCUCCACCAAACCCACUACUGCCAAUAAAUUUGGCUACAGCACUAGGAGACUGAGCUAUUCCCUCCUUCUAGUGUCAGACAUUUAAAAAAAUGAUCCAAACGAUUGAACCUUUCAUCCAGUUGUGAAGGAUUUCCUUCUCAGUUCUUUCUACUUCAGUUGUUCUCACUGUGAUUUUUAAAAUGUUUUCUUGGAAAUGGCUUGUUCUUCUUGAAGUGAAUUGUAUAAGUCUGUGAACUUAGCAGUUCUUUGAAGGUUUGAUUGUUUAGUAACAAAUUUCUUGACAUAUAAUGAAGAUGUUUUACAAAGGGUUUAAUUCUUAUUAUACUUGAUAUCUUAGACCUUUCUUUCCAGAUCUUCACUUGAUGUCUUUAUUUAGUGACAUCUGAGUACAUUCUCUUAGCAGCUUUCUUGAAUGAUCACUGUUCUUGGUUUUUUCCUCCAUUCCUUAAAUUCUUCCAAAUUAGCAAACACAAUGAUACAGUAGAAUGAAUUACUUUUCCAAGAAUCAUGAAGGUCAUCUGUCUUAUUUUUAUACUCUUCAAAGUCAAGUGUAAUUAUCUUUCCUGGUGAGAUGAAGGUGCCCUUGAAAUUGAACACUAUUUGAUAGUGAUGUAGACUGAGAUAUAUCUCGUUAUGAUGAAGGCUGAGGUAAAAUAGGGAGGGUGUUCUUUUUAUGCAGAUUUUAACCCUUUGGCAGUAUUAGUUUCUGAGCAACAAUUACCUGAGUAGAGUUCUGCUUAGCCUUUUUCAUUUUUGCACUAUAGAAACAUUUUAGUUAUAUGCCUGGUAGACUUCUCAUUUCUAAUAAAAUCAAAUCAUUAGCAGGAGUUUGAAUUUCUUUCUGAAUAUCCUAAGUUAGUGAUUCUCAAAAUGUGAUGUGCUGGUCAACAUUUAUCCUUACUGGGUAAAUCAAAGGCAAGUCCAAAAUACAAGCUAUGCAAAAAAAAUUCAACUGAUUAUUAUACUUCAUAUUCAAUCCCAUGUUUUAAAAAAGCUCAAAAAAUCAGCACUUAGAUUGUGACUUACAGUAUUUUUAUUGUUUGGUUAUUGCAGUGGAAAGCUAGAGCAAGUAGGGAUGGAUGGUGCCUCAGAUCAUUUGUUGUGCCAGCACAGGUCAUGAAUCAGAUAGUAUAGUGUGAUUACAUCACAUAUUAGUUUUGUUGGCCAUUUUUGAGCUUUAUACGGUUCUUAGCAGCUUAGAAUUAUGUCUGAUAACAGAUCAAAAGGAAUUGUUAUGUAAAAUGCUUUGUAAACUUUAAGGCACUAUGUAAAUGUUAAGUGCUAAUUUUAAAAAUUCUCCUAUAGUUGAAGAAUUAGUCCUCAAUCUUUUCUAACAUAUUCUCUAAUUUCAAACCUCUUCUAGUAACGUUAUUCUCUCUGUGCCUUGUUUACUUCAAAAUUAGCAGUAUUAAAAUACUACAUGAUCUCAUUUUUCCUAAAGUUAUAAUUCAUGAAUGUUAAUGUUUUUAACUAAAUUCUGUUGGAUAUAUAUAUAUAUAUAUAUAUAAUAUGUAUACAUAUAUAUUUGCUAAGGAUAGAUAAUAGAAAUCACAAGUGUACAAUUUCUGUUCACCUGAUGAUUUGUUGAUGAAAAUCGAGAUUAAUAACUUUCCCUUAAAUAUGAAUGGAUUCUCUAUUAUGUAGCUUUGUAAUAAGUCAGUCCUGGGUGCAAGCCACAUGAUUAUGUUUGAAUAAAGGUUCAUUUUUUCACAUAUAAGCUAUGUUGCCAACAUUUGCACAGGUUUAGAAAUCAACUUCCUGUUUAUAUAUGCCCUGUAGUUUUAUGCCUUUUAAAAAACUGCUAACCACCAUGGCCAACAAAAGAAAUGACUUCCUGCACUUUGUUUUUGCAAAUCUAUUUAAGCUGUGCAUCUUUGAAUGUAAUUUUUCUAUUGGAACUUUGUAACAGCUUUGAAAUCAUUCAGUGUCUGUGAGCACAUAGAAUUGAACUUUAUGGUUCACCCCUUUGAACCUUAGUUUGGCCCUCUUUAAAAUGAAGGGGUUGGAUUAGAUGACCCCUAAAAUCUGUCUUCCAGCUCUAAUCCAUGAUCCUAUGAAUUAUCUUUGUAUUUUAGUUAAGAAGUGCAUUGAUGCUCCAUGAAUGUUUAAUCUUGUGAGAGGGUUUACUAAGGUAUUUUAACCACUAAAUGUUUAAUUAUACUAGCUUAUAAUCAAUUGAAAUUUUCUUUUAAAUAAUGUUGUUACUGCCUGGGGGAAUUUGAUAAACUUUUUUCAUAUAUAGCUAGUAAAAAGUUUGACUUGUAUUUUCAUUUAACAAAUUAGCAAUGAAAUAAAGAUUUUACGUUGUCUUCCA